UACUGCACCGGAAACCACAUGGUACCACUCUGCACGCGCUUGCCGAGUACUAUGAUGCUAGUUUCACCAUCUUUUAUAAUAUAAACGCGUUCUAAAGCCAAACCGUAUCAUGUCUGAUGAAGAAGGUUUUAGAAUCAACACAGAAUUCGCAAAGAGAUAUGACAUCUACAGACAGAAGGAAGAGCUGCAGAAGUUGAAGGAUCGUUUUGGAGACCGAGAAGUGAACGAUUAUUCCGAAUCGACCGAAUCCAGUUCGGAUGAGAGUGAAGUGGACUUGGAUCCAGAGGUUGAAAGGGACUUUUACAGGACAUUGUCACUCUUGAAGAAGAAAGACCCGAAGAUCUAUCAGGAAGAUGCCAAAUUCUACUCAGACACACCAAACGAUGAUGUCAAACCAUCAACCUCAAAGUCAAAAGUAAAGCCCAUGUACCUGAAGGACUAUGAGCGUAAAGUCAUUCUGGAGAAGGAGGGAAAAUACGACGACGAGGAUAGUGACAGUGAUGAUGAGGAGGCAGCCAAAAGACGAGCGAGGGCCUCUUCCCCCAGCUACAUUCAGGAGCAGAAGCAGUUGAAAGAAAGUUUACGCAAGUUCGUCCACGAGAGCGAUGAUGAUGAUGACGGCAAGAAUAGUAGUGGAGAAGAAGUUUCCCAGCUGUUAACUAGGAGGAUAAAAACACAGGAGGAAAAGGACAAAGAGGAAGCGGACUAUUUGGAGUGGCUCAAAGGGCAGGCUGAUUUUGAUGGACCAGAGGAGGUGAAGGACAUGAAAUAUCUACGAGACUACUGGAAUGAUCCAAAACUGGAUGAGAAGGAAUGUUUCCUCCGAGACUACGUUCUAAACAAACGCUACAAAGAUGACGACGAUGAUGAUGAUGAUGAGAGGAUCCCGACCUACGAGGAGGUGGUCCAGGACGAUGUGGAGGAUUCCGAAGAGGAAGGCGAGACGUUCUUGGAGCGACAGCAGCUUUUUGAGAGAAGCUAUAAUUUCCGUUUUGAGGAGCCCGAUGCUCAUCAAAUCAAGAGCUACCCUCGCAACAUCGCCACCUCGGUGCGCACCAAAGACGAUCGCAGGAAACGCAAAAGGGAGGAAGUGAAAGAAAGGAAGAAAAUGGAGAAACAGCAAAAACGGGAGCAGCUGAAGCAACUGAAGAACUUGAAGCGAAAAGAGAUCAUGGAGAAGCUGAAGACUCUUCAGGCGCUCACCGGCAAUGACGAUCUGGCUUUUAGUCAUGCUGAUCUGGAUGGAGACUUUGAUCCAAAUCAUCAUGACCAGCUCAUGCAGAAAUUCUUUGGAGAUAAUUACUAUGAAGAGCAGGAAGAGGAGAAGCCUCAGUUUGAAGAUGACGAUAAUCUUGAGGAGCACUGGAACUGGGACACGUGGACAGGAGAAGAGCGAGAAGAAACGUACGAAGACGAGGCCGAUUACGACGCCUCGGAGCCGCACUGCGAUGACCAGGAUUUCAUUAUGGAUGCCGACUACGAUCCCAGCCAGCACAGCGAGUCGAAAAAGAAGAAAAAGGAGAGGAAGAAAAUGAAGAAGGAAGAUCUACCUCAAAUGGGCAAGAAGAGAAAGAAGUCUCAAUUUGCAGAAGCGGUCAUGAAAAGCAAGCCUGUAUUCGAUCCUCAGGAGAAGAGCUUCGAGCAAUACCUGGAUGAAUACUAUAAACUGGACUACGAGGACGUCAUCGACGACCUCCCGUGCAGGUUUCGGUACAGGCAGGUCCUGCCCAAUGACUUUGGUCUGUCCACCGAUGAGAUCUUGAGUGCUGAGGAUAAGGAACUCAAUCGAUGGUGCUCUCUGAGGAAGACCUGCAUGUUCAGAUCUGACCAGGAAGAGAUGAAUGAUUUGAGGAACUUCAAGUUGAAAUCACAGAAUUUUAAGAAGAGAAAAGAAAUACUAGUUUCUUUGUAUUCUGAAAACAAUAAUGAAGUGUCAACUGCAAAAUCCACAAUGGGAAAGAAACGACGCGACCGUGUGAAAAAUGCUGAACGACGCAACAGAGAAGACGAGGACGGCGCCACAGCCUCAAUGAUGGACACAUCGGACGAGACCGCCCAAACUCUUCGGCAGUCUGGGUCGGAUGAAGAGGGACCAGAGGAGGAGUUUCUCAAGAAGAAGCUCAAAUUAGAGGACACAUCGGAGGAGGAGGUUGGGUCUAAUGUAGAGGAACCAGAGGAGGAGAUCAAACUCGAGGAGAAAGCCAAGCCACCGGCUGCCGAUGACAAAGUUCACGUUAAAGACGUAGCCAAGACAAAAUUGGCCAAGAAGAAGCAAAAGCAAUCAGGUGGACGCGGCAAACGAACGGUCGGAGUGAAAAUAGGAGAUCAGGAGUUUAGUAAACAAAGACUGAAGGCAUAUGGUUUGAAUCCCAAGAGACUGUUCUUCAGACAGCUUGGAAGGCAAAGACGGAAAGAUCAACAGAAGAAAGAGAAGCAGAAAAACAAGACUGCUUAAUAGUCUUAACAGUCACUAAAUACUAGACUGCAGCUGUAACUCACAUUUUCAUAGAUCAGAUGACAUUUAAUUUUCCACUUUUGUUCAAUCUUCAAUAAAAGUACUAUAUCAUG